AUGGGAAAAAGAAAGCGUUCUUUCCGCCCACCACCUACUUAUGAAACAGGAAAUGAUAAAUUUGACAAUCAAGGUGGAAGAAUCAGUAAAAUCUCCACAUGGGAGGAUGUAGAACACGAUUCGGAAGAUGACUUAGUUUACGCUGGGAGAGAUCAAAUUUCCCUAGAUCCUUAUGAAGCACACAAGCAUGACGAAUCAGAGUUAUCUGAAGAAGAAGAAGUAUUCGCAUUGGAAACUGGAAUUGAAGAUGAAAAUAAGAUGAACAAUCUUGAGGAAGAUGGUUCAAUUUUUGAUUCUACGUGGGGCAGUCGCAAGGAAAAUUAUUAUAAUGCAGAUGAGAUUUCUAAUUUAAGUGAUGCAAGGGAAGAAGAAGAAGAAGCAUUAAAAUUACAGAAGAAAAGGAUUAGCCAAAUGACAGAAGACGAUUUCUUGGAAAUAGAUGGCGAAUUAUUGGAAUCCAAGACAAUCGAUAGAAAACCAAUCGACUAUGCUGAUGACUUUGAUUUAAUGUCAUUCGAUGGAGAAGUUUUAGAUAAAGAACGUAAAGAUUUAUCACGGGAUGGUAUAACUAAAAUAAUUAAACCCGAAUCACCUGAACUUAUCGAGUUAUUAACCGAGUUCAAAGAAAAAUCCUCGAUACUUUGGAAUACAAUAACACCUUUAUUGGAUAAAGCUAGGCAAAAAAAUCUUAUACACGAUCCAGCAAUGAAAUUUAUAUCAAUAAAACAUCAAAUACUAGUUCAUUAUUUAAUAAAUAUUUCUUUUUACCUUGCUCUUAAAUCAUCUGGAACACAAAAUUUACGCGAACAUCCGGUGAUUGAUGUACUAGUAAAGUUUAAAAUGACUUUGAAUAAGUUAGAGAGAUUAGAAUGUAAUAUUGGAGCGUUUAUUGGGUCAUUUGUUAAUAAGCUUGAGCAAGCUGAUCAAGCUGAUGUUUCAGAAGUAAAAAUAAACGAAUCUAAGAAUGAAGAACAACUUAUGAAACAAUUGAAACAAAUUGAAACGGAAUAUCAUAACAAUAAGAAUGUUAAUGAAGACAGUAUUAUCACAGAAGGUGCUAAACGUCAAAUUAAUUAUCAAAUUCUUAAGAAUAAAGGGCUCACACCUUAUCGUAAGAAAGAACAGCGCAAUCCACGUGUUAAACAUAGAAAUAGGUACGAAAAAGCGAAGAAAAAAAUCAAAAGUAUUAAACGAGUAUUUUCACAGCAAGAAGGUUCUUAUGGCGGCGAGAAAACUGGUAUCAAGACUGGGUUGUCUAGGAGUAUUAAAUUAGGAUAA